GCAGGCAUUUGAUUAGCAGUUCUUAUGGCUUCGGGUUAGAAGCUGUUAGCACUAGAGGUCGACCGAUUAUGAUUUUUCAACACCGAUACCGAUUAUUGGAGAACCAUAAAAAAGCCGAUUAGUCGGCCGAUUAAAAAAAAAAAAAAAGUUUAUUUAUUUGUAAUAAUGACAAUUACAACAAUACUGAAUGAACACUUAUUUUAACUUAAUAUAAUACAUCAAUAAAAUCAAUUUAGCCUCAAAUAAAUAAUGAAACAUGUUCAAUUUGGUUUAAAGUUCCUUGCUCAGAACAUGAGAACAUAUGAAAGCUGGUGGUUCCUUUUAACAUGAGUCUUCAAUAUUCCCAGUUAAGAAGUUUUAGUUAUUAUAUGAAUUAUAGGACUAUUUCUCUCUAUACAAUUUGUAUUUCAUAUACCUUUGACUAUUGGAUGUUCUUAUAGGCACUUUACUAUUGCCAGUGUAACUGUAUAGCUUCCGUCCCCCUCCUCGCCCCUACCUGGGCUCGAACCAGGAACACAUCGACAACAGCCACCCUCGAAGCAUCGUUACCCAUCUCUCCACAAAAGCCGUGGCCCAUGCAGAGCGAGGGGAACAAGUCCUUCAAGGUCUCAGAGCGAGUGACGUUACCGAUUGAAACGCUAUUAGCGCGCACCCCGCUAACUAGCUAGCCAUGUCACAUCGGUCACACCAGCCUAAUCUCGGGAGUCGAUAGGCUUGAAGUCAAAAACAGCUCAAUGCUUGAAGCACAGGGAAGAGCUGCUGGCAAAACGCACAAAAUUGCUGUUAGAAUGAAUGCUUACGAGCCUGCUGCCGCCUACCACAGCUCAGUCAGACUGCUCUAUCAAAUCAUAGACUUAAUUAUAACAUAAUAACACACAGAAAUACGAGCCUUUGGUCAUUAAUAUGGUCGAAUCCGGGAACUAUAAUAAAUAUGAAACAAAACGUUUCUUCUUUCAACCCUAAGUCUAGAUAUUGCUGUUACAUUGCACAACCUUCAAUGUUAUGUCAUAAUUAUGUACAAUUCUGGCAAAUGAAUUACGGUCUUUGUUAGGAAUAAAUGGUCUUCACACAGUUGGCAACGAGCCAGGCGGCCCAAACUGCUGCAUAUACCCUGACUCUGCUUGCACGGAACGCAAGAGAAGUGACACAAUUUCCCUAGUUAUAAGAAAUUCAUGUUUAGCAGGCAAUAUUAACUAAAUAUGCAGGUUUAAAAAAAUAUAUACUUGUGUAUUGAUUUUAAAGAAAGGCAUUGAUGUUUAUGGUUUGGUACACAUGGGUGCAACGACAUAAUCGGCUUCAUUUGUGAAUUAAAUCACCCGUUUCAUUCCCCGUUUAAAUGACUUUUUUUUUGCUCCGGGCCCUUAGUUGGAAGUUAUUCACACGAUAAUCCCUAUCCCGUUCUCAUUGCUUAACUGUGCAUUUAUACACAGAAUAUUGUCCUAGUGGAUUAGCCUACUGGUGCUGGGAAAAGCUCCCGAUGCACAAUGUUUUAACUUUGCUUUUUCAAAAUCAGUAGAUGAGAGCCAGCCACGUCGGAGAACAUGGAGCUCAGAACUUCCUCCUAACAUGAUGUUCAUGACCAGAAUAGUGCUGGUGGGGAAGACUGGUGCUGGGAAGAGUUCUUCAGCCAACACCAUCCUGGGGAGAGAUGCCUUCAGAUCAGCUGGUCGUAUGUCAUCUGUCACCAAAGAGUGUUCUAAAGAGACAGGGGAGGUGGGAGACAGACAGGUCACCGUAGUCGAUACACCUGGUCUAUUAGACACAAAUCUGCCUGAAUUGACACUGAAGAGAGAGAUAGCUAAGUGUGUCAACAUGUCAGCACCUGGUCCCCAUGCCAUCAUAGUUGUCAUUAAAGUAGGUCCCAUCACCAGGGAGGAGAUGAGCACAGUGCAGAAACUUGAGGAAAUAUUUGGGAAAGAUGCAGAGAAGCACACCAUGAUCCUUUUUACCUGUGCUGAAGGAGGGAUUGAGAAAAUGUUGGAAGAGGCAAAUGAGGAAUUCAGAAAAAUUCUGCAGAGGUUAGGGAAUAGAUACCAUGUCUUCAACAAUAUGGAAAAAAGUGACCGUACCCAAGUGCUGAAACUCUUUGACAAGAUAGAUGAAAUGAUUAAGGCAAAUCAGGGUAGCUACUACACAAAUUACACAUAUCAACAAGUAAACGAAAUGCUUGCUGAUAGGGAAAGGAAGGCCAGGGAUAUCUUUGAGAAGAAAAUGCAGGAAAAAGAGGCAUCAUUACUAGCUAGAUACGAGGAAGCUCUGAGAGCACUGCUGAUUGAAAAUCUAACUCUUGAGAAGACGGUCCUGGAGAAGGAAAACAGAAUCAGACAGCUGGAGAUCAAUAGAGACAGGGAACUGAAAGAGACAAAGCGUUACUUUGCUGCUUUACGAAAAGAUGCACGACAGCUUAUUGAACAGAUCCCAGAUUUUGAGAAUUUAGAAUUUAGUUCCAUUAAGCAAUAUGCAUAGAAGGUGCCUACUCUGGAAACGAAUGGAUUUAUUGAUUUUAGUAUUUUAUCCCCAAUUAGCCGCCGCCAGAAAUACAUAACUAUGGCUGUAAACGGUGACUAGGCAGUCAUAGGUUAUGGACUUCAGUCAAAUUCCACAUGACCGUUUAGUCACGGUAAUUCGGGUUCUCUAAGCUCUGAUGCUCGUCGUUAGUAGUCAACCAAACUUGCUAACUGCCUGGUACUCAGCACUCUAUUGUCCCUCUAAUCACUCUGACAUCAAUAGAAAUGUAAUGGAAAAUCUGAUCAAACACUUCAUGAGAGCUCGUGUUGCGCAACAUUUCUAUAGGCUAUGUAAUUGCGUGAGAAAACAGAGUGAUGGCCUCUAUUAAAAAGAGGAGGAUCCCAUCAGCUCUCUAUAGAGUAGGCCUACUGUAUUUAUUUCUCAAAUGUCCUAAUAUUAAGCACAUUGCUUAUCUUUACAACAGGAGUAUAGAUUACCUGACUAGCAUAAAAAUGAACCACAGGAAAAAGCGUCCUCCAUUCGCUAUUUAAGUGCAGAGAUGACAUAUAUUUAUUCCCCCUGUUUCGAUACAGGUGCCUGAUAAUGGUCCAUUCUAAAUCAAUCACACAUAUGUCAUUUAGUAUAUGUAAAGACAAGAUUAAAUCAAGAAUAGUCUGAUGGGUGACAAUAUUAGACUAUCACAUGUGAAUAUGGUGUAUUAUCACUUGAUACCCAGCUUGUGUGCAGUAAGGCAAGAAACAGCGCAUGCCUUUUUCUUCUUCAAAUCAUAGUUGCACACCUCAUGUAGCCUAGCCCACAGGCCUAUUUGCUCUGAUAAGAUUUGUAUCACAACUAAGUGUCCAAAUAACUUCUUGAAACGAAGCACAUGAAUCUGCUUUUCAACAGGUGUAGUGCCUAACUACAUACAUAAGCAGGGUGUAGUGCCUAACUACAUACAUAAGCAGGGUGUAGUGCCUAACUGCAUACAUAAGCAGGGUGUAGUGCCUAACUACAUACAUAAGCAGGGUGUAGUGCCUAACUACAUACAUAAGCAGGGUGUAAAGCCUAACUGCAUACAUAAGCAGGGUGUAGUGCCUAACUACAUACAUAAGCAGGGUGUAGUGCCUAACUACAUACAUAAGCAGGGUGUAGUGCCUAACUACAUACAUAAGCAGGGUGUAGUGCCUAACUGCAUACAUAAGCAGGGUGUAGUGCCUAACUACAUACAUAAGCAGGGUGUAGUGCCUAACUGCAUACAUAAGCAGGGUGUAGUGCCUAACUACAUACAUAAGCAGGGUGUAGUGCCUAACUGCAUACAUAAGCAGGGUGUAGAGCCUAACUACAUACAUAAGCAGGGUGUAGUGCCUAACUACAUACAUAAGCAGGGUGUAGUGCCUAACUACAUACAUAAGCAGGGUGUAGUGCCUAACUACAUACAAAAGCAGCGCCUGAGUUUCAAGUUUGGGGAAAAUAAUUUUCACCAUAAAAAAUGCACCUUCUAUGAUAAAAGCAUUACCUGCAUCAUUACGUUUGUGGCCUGUUUUGAUAAUAGUGUUUACUGAUAAUGGAACAUUCACGCUUACUGAGGUGUGCACAUUGCUUCCCUUAUAAUGUGAAGAAAUAGCCUAAUAGGUUAUCACAUUUUAAGCUCAACAUUCUGAUGUGUUGCAACAGCCACAUUGCGUAAUUUUGUGUUGUUGUUGAUGUAAGUGGUUGUAUUAAUUUGGGAUCUAUCUCAUUCCACAACUGUCCCAGACUAUGUUUGCAAUAUGUCUUUCUCGCACAGAAAGACAAGUUGACCAAUGGAAUAGGUCGACCUUUGUACUAUGGGGGAUAGUAGAUUGACAUAGGCUAGUGCUGUUGCUGUUCGUUAGACCUACUCAUCUUGUUGGCUGACGAAAAGUAAAUGUGCACAGUUCUUUUAACAUCUGAUAUAUGCGCCUCGGGAAUUGGAUAAGAAGGACGUGUGCAGUUGUGUCCCCGAUGUGUCUGUCUUCACUUGUAGCUUACUUCUUAGGUGAGAUGCCUGUGAGAAGGACACGAUCGUGUGACAGGCAUUGGCUAAUAAAAAUGUAGAUUUUUAUGAGAGAGCCAUCUGAGAGAGCCAUGUGAGUGAGAGGUGCUUUGGAGCACAGUGAUUGGCAGCCGGAAGAAGGGGAUUAUAAUAUUCAACCCAAGGGCGCAACGGCCACUGGCCACAAAAGACAUGGAUUUGUUUAGGGGGCGUUACGGCCACACGGGGGAUUCUGCCAGGAAAUUGUUUGCUCGUCAAAUUGUGAAUGAGAGACUGAUGAAGUGUGUACAGCCUGUGCAAAAAACAAUGAGGGUUUUUACUCAUUACACACAUCAACAAAUAUUGUUCACAUAUUCGACAAAACCUAUUUUAUGACCACAUAUACACCAUUUUUGUCUUUGCAACUUUGGUUUUCCUAGACAUUGAUAUUAUAUUAUGAUCACUACAUCUGAUGGAUCUGAAUAAUCUUGACAGGAAUGUGGUUCUGAAUAUAAACACCAACACCUCCACCAUUGGCAUUCCUGUCUUUUCUGUAGAUGUUAUGACCUGGUACCUGUUGUACCUGUUCACUGACUCUGAAGGAAAACAACUCAGCGGUCUAUAGGAGCUUCCUACUAAAGCUGUGGCAGUCAUGACAUUUUGUCAGCCGGUUAUGCAAAAUGCCUCAUGCUGCACAGCUUUUCCCUCAUCAAGUGAUCAUAUUUUCACCCAUCAGACUAUUCUCAAUUAAAUAUUAUCUUUGCUAAUAUAUUCAAUUAGUUUUGAUUUAGUAUGGCUCAUGAUCAAAUGGGCAGGAACAGGGGCAGGGUAGAAAAUACAUGUCACAAAUAGCGAAUGGAGGCCACUGCCCAUUUGAUAAUAAUACUGUAUCAAAGGAAUUAGCUAAGUAUGUUUCAGAGAAUACAGAAUGUUCAAUAUGGGGAUGUUUUGUUUUGUAAUAAUCAAGUAUGUGGUAUGUAUAUAUUGUUUUUAGUUUUUUUACUUUUUUCAUAUACUGUAUUUUGUAAAUAUAUGACUGUAAUGAGGACCACAUUGGUUAUAACGGGUUUAUAAUGUUUCAACACGAAUGUAUUGUUGUUUGUUUUCUUUAUACCAAAAUACAAAUGAAUAACAGAUAAAACAGACAA